GCGGAUGGGACAGACAGUGACUCGCAGCCAGCUGCGGGAGGGGGAAGGAGAGGCGUGCCGGAGCCGGGGCGCUGCCGCAUUUAUAGGAGGAGCGGCCGGGGGGCCCUCCCUGUCCCGCAGACGCAAGCGGGGCGGUGGCCCCGGUUAAAGGGGAAACUUGACAGCGCCGCUCCGUUCCCGCUGCCCGCUCCCGCUGCCCGCUGCCGCUGCCCUCGGCUCCGCCGCGACUUCUGCUCUCCACCACCGCCAAGAUGCUGCUUUUGCUGCUGGGGAUCAUCGUGCUCCAUGUCACCGUGCUGGUGCUCCUCUUCGUCUCCACCGUCGUCAGCCAAUGGCUGGUGAAUGGCAACGGGCACACGGCAGACCUCUGGCAGAACUGCUCCAUGGGCGAGGAUAACAUCCAGCACUGCCUGGCAUCGUCCUCCAACGAGUGGCUGCAGUCUGUCCAAGCGAUGAUGAUCCUUUCGGUCAUCUUCAGUGUCUUGUCCCUGUUCUGGUUCUUCUGCCAGCUCUUCACCCUCACCAAGGGUGGGAGGUUUUACAUCACUGCAUUCUUCCAAAUCCUUGCUGGACUCUGCGUGAUGAGCGGCGCUGCCAUCUUCACAGUGAGGCACACGGACUGGCAACAAGCCUCGGAAAACACCUCCUAUGGCUUUGCCUACAUCCUGGCAUGGCUGGCCUUCCCCCUGGCCCUCGCCAGCGGCAUCAUCUAUGUCAUCCUCCGGAAGCGCGAAUGACGCCGCGGGGAGGCGGCCAGACCCCACCCAGGGCACUGACGGCGUCCGAGGAGGAGGAGGAGGAGGAGGUGGAAGGAGG